GCAGCACCAGGUGCUGGUCGGCAGCGGCCGCGGCCGGCUGGAGCUGUGCGACCUGCGUAUGGGCCGUUCGCUGCAGGCGUUGAAGGGGUUGGCUGGCAGCGUGCGCAGCGUCGUCUGCCACCCGCAGCUGCCGUACGCCGCCAGCGUCUCACUCGACCGCUUCCUGUUGGUACACGACCUCGACACGAGAAAGCUGCUGCACAAGGUGUACCUCAAGUCACGACUGAACUGUGUGCUGAUGCGGCGCGACUUCAGCCUCGUGCCCCAAGAGGGCGACGCCGAGGCGGAGCCGGCGGCCGACGCCACCGACGUGGCCGCCGACGAGUUCGAGGACGAGGAGGAUGACCUGCAGAUCGUGGAGGAGUUCAUUGUCGACGAGCCGCCCGAGCCGGAGGCGCCCAAGAAGAAGCGGAAGCUGCCCAAGCUAAAAGUGUCGGGCCAGGAGAUGGAAGGAAGCUCGCCGCGGAAACCGAAGCUGCCCAAGCUGGUGACCCUGUCGAAGAAGAAGAAGAAGAAGACGAAACCGCGGGAAGGGUAGUGGUGUUACGCAAUGCUUUUUCGUGCUGGGGGAAGGGCAGAUAACUCGUGUUUAUGUGUCGUAUGUUUAAUACAGCGGUCCUUUCCAGGUU